UCCCAUUGGAAAGGACAGGCUGUGGUCUAUCUGGGGUUAGUUAGACAAAUCUUUUGGACACUGUUGAAACUGAAUGAAACGUCGAAUCAUAUGAGCAAAUGCAGCUUCCAAAUUAUUUCAGAUUGCGCCGUCUGCAACAACACUGAAAUAUUCCUAUACGAUUUGGUGCGCUCCUUUUUUAAAAGCAGCGGGCUUUGACUGUAUUUCCUGCUUACUGCAGCAUUAUCAGUGUGUAUACACGACUGUACUGUGUUGACUAACUGGUUAUGAUACGAGUGGGACGAAACUGGGUUGGGCCGAUUCGAAUAGCACUUACCCUUUUAGGAUAUCCAUAUUGCCUCUGCACCUCAGGAAUCAGGCCUCCCACCUCAUGCUCUCCUGACCAGUUUUCUGCCAGAGUUAGUAAAAGCCUCAGUACCAGUACUGCCUAUAGUCUGUGUGUGCUACCGCCCAGUGUCUUCACCAUGCCCUCCUCGGCCCCUCACAGCAAGGCCAGAUGCCCAAAGUACCCCGGCUCAGAGACACAGCGGUUCCCAGUGCCUGAUGACAAAGUUGACUGGAAGACCGACUGGCCCCAGUACAGCCCAGUGAGCUACACUGCCACGUCUGUGCUCAUCAAGCCUGUAUGGGCAGAUCAGGACAUCGGGUCUUUCUCCCCGCGGUUUAACGCUCUGGAUGGCAAUGUGGACAGGCGGAGUCACGAGGGAGACUACAGAGUGGAGCAGGGCAUGCCACUAAAUCCUCGCGGCCGCACUGGUUUGACUGGGAGAGGUUUGCUGGGACGGUGGGGACCCAAUCACGCAGCAGAUCCCAUUGUUACCAGGUGGAAGAGAGACUCAGCUGGACAGCAAGUGUCGCACCCAGUGUCCAAACUGCCAGUUCUGCAGUUUGUGUCCAUCAAGAGGAGAGACUGUGGGGAAUGGGCCAUCCCAGGGGGUAUGGUAGACCCGGGGGAGCUGGUGUCCCUCACCCUGCAGCGUGAGUUCUCUGAGGAGGCUCUGAACUCCCUGGCAGCUUCCCCCCAGGACAGAGAGCGGAUCCACAAGCACAUCACUCAGCUGUUCAACUCGCCAGGUCUGGAGGUUUAUAAGGGCUAUGUAGAUGACCCAAGAAAUAAUGACAACUCUUGGAUGGAAACAAUUGCUGUCAACUUCCAUGAUGAUACAGGGAACAGUGUGAGCGAGCUCCCAUUGCAAGCAGGAGAUGAUGCCGGGCAAGUCCACUGGAUCGACCUUGACUCCAUGCUAUCCCUCUAUGCAAGCCACUCCCAUUUCUUGGAGGUGGUCGCCAAGGAGAGGCAUGCUCACUGGUAACCAAGGAAACCGUGUUUGACCGAAGGACUAAGAUGAUUCGUACUGAUGUUGGUGCAAGGUUGAGUAGAAUAUAAUGAUGGAAUUAUGAGGUAGUGUGACCUCAACAAGUGGUGACACACUGUCCUCGCAUUAAAGAGGAUUGGCCCGAGCAAGGCCCUGCAGCAUAAUCACUAUGUUUCGGCAUCAUGGCCUUCAUCAGGGAGUCACAAAGAAACAAUGAGAGCAUUUCUUCUUUUGAACAAACCAUUUUCCCAUCAGCCCUGAUUAAAGAGGGAGUGGUUACAUAGUUGUCAUUGGUGGACACCACAUAGUAAACAGUAAAAAGCAAUAGAUAAUAUACAUUCUAAAUAUAUAUACUAUUAAAAUGCAUAUUAAGGUUAGAAGCAUUAGAAACGUCUAAGUAGUUAUGGCCUUGAAUAUGGAAGGACAAAAAAGAUAUAUAGUGAGAAGAGCCAUACAUUUCAAAGAUCACUAGAUGGCAGCGAAUAUGGACCACAAUAGAUAAAACAUAGAAAAGGGUAAUACGGCAAAAAACAGACCACAAAGUAGUUAUAGCAAACUAGGACCCUACAGAAAUGGUGAGAAAUACAUUAAUGUCCUUCCAUAUUCAAUAAUAAUAUAAUAUGCCAUUUAGCAGACGCUUUUAUCCAAAGCGACUUACAGUCAUGCUUGCAUACAUUUUUGUUUAUUGGUGGUCCCGGGAUCGAACCCACUACCUUGGUGUUACAAGCGCCGUGCUCUUCAAGGCAAGAACUACUUAGACCUCUAAUGUUUCUAACCUUAAUAUGCAUUUUGAUAGUAUAUAUAUUUAGAAUGUAUAUUACCUAUUGCUUUUUACUAUGUGGUGUCCACCAAUGACUACUCUGUAACCACUCCUCCUUUAAUUAGGGCUGAUGGGAACAUGGUUUGUUCAAAAGAAGACAUGCUCUCAUAGUUCCUUUCUUACUCCCUGAUUCCGAAACGCGUCUGAGUUUAACUUUUGCUUCAAUUGAAAAUGCCAUAAUAAAAAAUAAAGGCAUUUGAAACUA